AUGAAGGGGAAACUCGACGUGGGCGACGGGAGCGACGUGGGCGACGGGCGCGUCGUGGGCGACGGGCGCGACAUGGGCGACGGGAGCGACGUGGGCGACCGUAGUGACGUGGGCGACGGGAGCGACGUGGGCGACGGGAGCGACGUGGGCGACGGGAGCGACGUGGGCGACGGGAGCGACGUGGGCGACGGGAGCGAUGUGGGCGACGAGAGCGACAUGGGCGACGGGAGCGACGUGGGCGACAGGAGCGACGUGGGCGACGGGAGCGACGUGGGCGACGGGAGCGAUGUGGGCGAUGGGAGCGAUGUGGGCGACGGGCGCGUCGUGGGCGACGGGCGCGACAUGGGCGACGGGAGCGACGUGGGCGACCGUAGUGACGUGGGCGACGGGAGCGACGUGGGCAACUGGAGCGACGGGUGCGACGGGAGCGACGGUGGGCGACGGGAGCGGCGUGGGUGA